UGCUGCCCCCGGAUUUCUUCUGUUGCUUCUCCAGAUAGUCCAAGUGAACUUGACCAUCCAUUCAUUAUGGGAAAGUCAAAGCAACCUACACUCGAGGGUCAUGUCUCCGGACAGUCCAACAACCCUCUAUCUCGGCCCGCCCAUUGUCUCUCCCACUCCGCAGUCCGAGAGGAAUUGAAGUGCAGCGAAGAAGACGGCCUGUCCACGGCUGAGGCCAAGAAGCGUCACGAACAAUGGGGUGACAACGACUUGGGCGACGGCGGCGGCGUCCAGCCCGGCAAGAUUCUACUUCGACAGGUAGCAAAUGCCAUGACCCUCGUGCUCAUCAUUGCAAUGGCUGUCAGUUUUGCUAUCCAGUCAUGGAUUGAGGGUGGUGUAGUUACCGCCAUCAUCAUCUUGAACAUUGUCGUCGGAUUUAUGCAAGAGUUCAAUGCUGAAAAGACAAUGGACUCUCUGCGAUCUCUUAGUUCUCCCACCGCCACCGCCGUACGAGAUGGAAAAACCAACACUGUUCCCACCAUUGAAGUCGUCCCUGGUGACAUGGUCGAAAUGAAGACUGGUGACACAGUCCCCGCAGAUGUUCGACUUAUCGAAGCCGUCAACUUUGAAACCGAUGAAGCUCUCUUGACUGGCGAGUCUUUGCCAGUUAUGAAAGACGCCGAUGCCGAGUUUGACGAUGAAACCGGCCCUGGUGACCGACUCAAUGUGGCUUUUAGCUCUUCUACUGUUACCAAGGGUCGCGCUAGGGGUGUUGUCUUCGCUACCGGAAUGUACACUGAAAUCGGCAGCAUCGCCAUGUCUCUUCGUGGAGGAAACUCCCACCGCCGCCCAGUGAAGCGCAAGGAAGAUGGUUCCGCUGGCUUUCACAGAUAUUUGCAAGCUUGGGGAUUGACUGCGACUGACGGCAUCGGCCAUUUUCUCGGUGUCAACGUCGGCACUCCUCUCCAGAAGAAGCUUGCUCGUCUCGCAUUGCUCCUUCUAGGAAUCGCUGUUAUCUGUGCGAUCAUUGUUAUGGCUGCCAACAGCUUUGCCAACGAUCAGGAAGUCAUCAUCUACGCUGUUGCCACUGGCCUCAGUAUGAUUCCCGCGUCUCUUAUCGUCGUCUUGACCAUCACCAUGGCUGCUGGUACUAAGCGAAUGGUGGAAAGGAACGUCAUUGUUCGUAACCUCAAAUCGCUAGAAGCUCUUGGUGGAGUAACUGACAUCUGCUCUGAUAAAACCGGUACACUCACACAAGGAAAGAUGGUAGCCAAGCGAGCCUGGAUCCCUGCCAAAGGAACCUACUCUAUUGGUGUCACUGACUCCCCGUUCAACCCUACUGUCGGCGAUAUAAGCUUCUCCCCUCAAGAGCCCAGGAAAAUUGACUUCGAGAAGGAGGAGGCUCCUACAGCAUUCGACAAGCUAUUGGAGGGCAAUCUUCACCUCACAGAAUACCUCAAGGUCGCCUCACUGGCCAAUCUCGCCCACGUUCACCGUAAUGACGAAGGAGGUGACUGGAACGCCCGUGGUGACCCGACUGAAAUUGCUAUCCAAGUUUUCGCUUCCCGUUUCCAGUGGAACCGUCUCGACUACACACAGGGUGACAAGCCUGCCUGGAAGCAGUUGGCUGAAUUCCCAUUCGACUCCACCGUCAAGAAGAUGUCCGUCAUCUUUGAAGAGACUGCAACAAACAAGAAAUUCGUCUUCACCAAGGGUGCUGUAGAGCGAGUCAUCUAUUCUUGCACAUCCAUGUUCAACGGUGAGGGCAACGAGUCCAUCGAAAUGACCGACGCUAUCCGCGACGAUAUCCUUGCCAACAUGGAAUCCUUGGCCGCUCUAGGUCUCCGAGUCCUCGCUCUUGCCAGCAAACCAUGGGAGGGCACAAUCACAAAGGGCGAGGAAGUCAACAGGAACGAAAUCGAAGAGCAAUUGGUAUUCAGAGGUCUUGUCGGUCUGUAUGACCCACCUCGCCCGGAAACUGCUGGCUCCGUACGACAGUGCCAGAAAGCAGGUAUUCAGGUCCACAUGUUGACUGGUGACCACCCGGGAACUGCCAGGGCGAUUGCUGAGGAAGUCGGAAUCUUGCCCUCUCACAUGGCGACUGUCAGCAAGGAAAUUGCCGAUGCAAUGGUCAUGACUGCUACCCAAUUCGACAAGCUCAGUGACGACCAAAUCGACGCCCUUCCCCUGCUUCCUUUGGUCAUUGCACGAUGCGCCCCCACCACCAAGGUUCGAAUGAUCGACGCCCUACACCGCAGGAAGGCUUUUGCCGCCAUGACUGGUGACGGUGUCAAUGACUCCCCAUCUCUCAAGCGCUCUGAUGUUGGUAUCGGAAUGGGUACUGGUUCUGAUGUUGCUAAAGAUGCCUCUGACAUUGUUCUCACUGACGACAACUUCGCCUCCAUCCUGAACGCCAUCGAAGAGGGCCGCCGCAUGUUCGACAACAUCCAGAAAUUCAUCCUCCAUUUGCUCGCCCAGAACAUCGCUCAAGCUUGCAUUCUGCUAAUUGGUCUGGUGUUCAAGGACGAUACUGGUCUCUCCGUUUUCCCACUUUCGCCUGUUGAGGUCAUGUGGAUUAUCAUGGUUACCUCGUCGCUUCCCGAUAUGGGUCUCGGUUAUGAAGUGGCAUCUCCCGAUAUCUUGAGCCGCCCACCGCAAAGUCUCAAGCGCGGUGUCUUCACCAUUGAAGUCAUGCUGGAUAUGCUCGUCUAUGGACUCUGGAUCGCUGCUCUUUGCCUUGCAUCCUUCACACUUGUUUUGCACGGCUGGGGCAAUGGCGACCUUGGUUCCAACUGCAACGACUCUUACUCGGACUCUUGUGACACUGUGUUCCGAGCUCGUGCCACUUGCUUCGCAUGCCUGACCUGGUUCUCUCUGUUCCUCGCCUGGCAGAUGGUGGAUAUGCGCCGCUCCUUCUUCAUGAUGCAGCCCAACUCCAACAAGUACUUCACCCAGUGGUUCCACGACGUGUGGCGCAACAAGUUCCUGUUCUACUCAAUCUGCGCUGGUUUCAUCACCAUCUUCCCCGUCCUCUACAUUCCUGUCAUCAAUGACACAGUGUUCAAGCACAAGGGUAUUAGCUGGGAAUGGGGUAUUGUGUUCAUUGCCACGAUCCUGUUCUUCCUGGGCAUUGAGUCGUGGAAAUGGGCCAAGAGAAUCUACUUGAGGAAGACGGACUCCAAGAAGGGCAUCCGCAGAGGCAGCAUUGAUUUGGAGAAGAGGACUUUUGAGAGAUACCUCAGCACGGCUGUUUCCACUGACGACGAGAAGGUGUAG